UCAAAAAAGCUGAAAGCUUUUGAAAUUCCUUAUCGACAUAUAAAACCACCUACCAUUCAUUUGAAAUCAAAAGCUCUCCUUCAAUUUUUGCUCCAAAACCUGCACAGCAGGGUAAGUCUUUAGACAAAUUUUUUUUAAAUUUCAAGAAAACCGAAAAGAGAAACCCAAAGAUUACAUUGGUUUUCAUGUGCUUACUCAACAAGGUGGCGCACCAAAGAGGUUCAGGUGAGUACGUCAGGUGUCCUCCUGUUGAAGAUGGCGGUCCUGAAGAACAACAACAAGAUAGUUACAGCCAAGAAAUACAAUCCCAGUUUUCUCAAAUUCAAGAACUGAACCAGCCGAUGAUGCAACAUAGGAAUCAAGCAGAAAUGUAUUUUGGAUCACAAAGUCAAGCGACCGAGAUGUCUGCAAUGGCAUCUGCCCUGACACAUGUUUUCCCCGGACAAAGAGCUCCUGAUUGGGGUUACGGUGCUAAGUUAGCUGGCAUGGUCUCCUCUAGUUUUGGACGUAGUGGUUCAGCUGCUUCUCCUUCUUCUUAUUCUUCUUCGGCUUCUCCAUCUGGUUCUGGUUCCAGUUCUGGUUCUGGUCUAUGGAUUGGUCAAAAAAGAGGCCGUGAAGAAAAGGAUGCUGCUCAAUUGAUUGAGUCUGUACCAAGGGUUCAAAGAGCUUUUGCUGAUUUCAGAGGCUCUCAUGCCGAUUCAUCGUCUGGUGCAAGUGCAACUACGGUUACUGAAGAAACUACAAACAUCGUUGCACCACCAACAACAUCAACAGAAACAGUGGCAGCCGCAGCAGCAUCGGCAUCCCUUGAAGAAUCCGGUGAGCGGAGAAGAAGAUAUAGAGGCGUUAGGCAAAGGCCAUGGGGGAAAUGGGCAGCAGAAAUACGUGAUCCGCACAAAGCAGCCAGAGUUUGGCUUGGUACUUUUGAUACAGCAGAAGCCGCAGCAAGAGCUUAUGAUGAAGCUGCCUUGAGAUUCAGGGGAAACAGGGCCAAGUUAAAUUUCCCGGAAAAUGUCAGGCUUGUUCCUCAACCAAUGCAGAAUUUUCCUGCUACCCAAACAUCAGUUUCUAGUUCUCUAACAACCCAUUUUCCACCAUCUCACUCCAUACCAAUGCGAUCAUAUUACCAAUCCGAACCCCUUCAGAGCUCCACUGCUGAUAUGCUGAGAGAUUAUUGGCAGUAUUCUCAGUUGCUACAGAGUUCUACUGAUUUCCAUGGACAACAAGCUACAAGCUUGCUAGAGCAUAUGAUUCAAUCUUCUCAAUUACCUAAUAUUCAACAGCCAUUACUCUCUUCUUCUUUGCCAUCUUUGCCUUCUUCAUUUGCAGCUUCUUCUGCUUCUGCUUCUGCUUCUGCUUCUACAUCAUCUUCCUCCGCUUCUUUUCCUCUGCUUUUUGCUGGGCAGCAACAGAUGGGCAUUUUCAGGCAGCCAUCUAAUCAAACUCAGGCUAGUGGGUCAGAUUUUCCGUUGCCGCCCUGGUCUUAUCCUGGUCAUUAUCCUUCUUCAUCUACUGGUUAAUAGUAAUCCCAUUUUUUUUAUAAAAAAAUUUAUUAUUAUUAUUUUUUUACUUUGAGGAUAUUUUCCCUGCCAUUUCAUUUUUAUUGUAUUUUUUAUUUAAUUGUUUAACUCUGUAUUUGCAUGUAGCUAGAUUGAUUUGAAUAAAAAAUGAAAAAGAAAAAGUAAAAAGGAACAUAAAAAUCAGUAUAAAAGUUAAGAGGGGAUAUUAACGAAGAGGCAUUUAGGAUUUUAGGCAUAGUUUGAUUCUCAAAGGAUUUGAUGUUUACUUUCUCUCAAUUAUCGAACGAAAGAUGUAGAAACCAAUAGCUUUCUUCAAGCUGUCUGUUGUUUGCUUUACAGCCAAAGAUUCAUUAAGAAUGUACUUUGUUUUUUAAUUCUUAUUUUAAUUCAUAAUUAUCCUUUGCUUAUCUGCUCUAAUUUGCCCUCGUUAGCAACUAUUUUUAAGAGUUUCCCUUUGGUGGUUUGGAGUAUCACUUGGUUUUGUCUAUGUCUAAUUUCUUUUUUAAAGAAAUAUAACUUUAUUCCCCGUUUAUGCUUCACCAUUACCAAAUAUGUUUGGUAAUUUGUAAUUAACGUUACAACCAUUGGGUAUUAUUUGA